AUGGCCGAUUUACCAGAAGAUCGCGUGCUGGCCGAGAAGCCACCUUUUACAUCAGUGGGCGUGGAUUAUUUUGGCCCAUUCCAAGUCCAUCGAGGGCGGAGUCUCGUGAAGAGGUAUGGCGUAAUCUUCACAUGUCUAGCAAUCCCUGCCGUGCACCUUGAAAUUGCACAUGGCCUAGGUACGGACUCGUUCCUAUUGGCUUUGCGACGUUUCAUUGCAAGAACAGGCCAAGUGAAGCAGAUCUACUCGGAUAACGGGUCAAAUGUAAUUGGUGGUGAGAAGGAGCUGCGUGACGCUAUUUCAGAUUGGAAUCAGGAAAAGAUACACAAUUCCCUGUUCCAAAAGGACAUCAAAAUUAAUGGUACUUCAACCCUCCCUAUGGUUCCCACUUUGGAGGUAUUUGGGAGAGAUGCGUCCAAACCAUUCGGAAGAUUCUACAAGCGCUGCUGCGAGAGCAAACUAUGGAUGACGAGAGCCUGGCCACUUUAA